GCUCGCAACUCUCUCACCAGAAAAAAAUUAAAAAGAAAAAAAAAAGGAUCAAACGAGUAGAAUCUUCUUCUCCUCCUCCUCCUCCUCCUCCUUCCAUCUUCUCUGCUGAUUUUCCCGGGAAAAUCGGGCUGCGGGGAGCUGAGCUGAGGAGAGUGACAAAGUCGAGGUAGUGGAAUCAUGGAUGCUAUCACAAGCCACUGCCCUGCUAAGCUCUGUGUCGACAAUCGCGGAGUUGCGUCGAAGUUCGGAGGAACGGUGCUUCUGUGGAAGGAGCUCUCCUUCUCGCGGUCACGGAAGGUCUUCGGUCGCCGAGUCCUGCGUUCGGCAUCGGAGAAGCUCAAGCCUCAGUAUCCGGCGUCAUCGCCGAACGCAGAGUCAGGGCUGGAAACUGCAGAAAAUGGAAUAGAAGGAUCUUAUCCUUCCAAGACUGUUCAUGUGAGGUUUCAAUUGAAAAAGGAGUGCCGGUUCGGUGAGCAGUUUCUCUUAGUCGGAGAUGACCCCAUAUUUGGUUCCUGGGACCCUUCAAGUGCAAUUCCUAUGAACUGGUCCGAUGACAAUAUCUGGACUCUCGACCUGGACAUACCCAUUGGGAGGCAAAUUCAGUUCAAGUUUAUACUGAGGGGAAUCACUGGAAUCAUCCACUGGCAGCCUGAUCCUGAUCGAGUUCUGAAAACUUGGGAAACGGACAACACUAUCACCGUUUAUGAAGAUUGGGAAGAUGCUGCAUCCCAGAGGAUAACUGAAGGACAACCAUUGAGCGAUCCCUCCAAGGAACUGACUGACAAAUCAGAAAUGCACUUCGUUGCAGAUAACAUAUCCCCACCAAUGGACAAAGUCAUUCGUGAAACUGAAAAUAAAUCAGUUUUGGCUGAUAAUGUGGCUGCGCCAGCAGAGAUUCCAAUCGAGGAAGCUCGAGAUGAGUCAGCUGUGGUUGAGACGAAAUCUCCUUUGCCCGAUAAGUCCUUGUCAAUUGUUGCAGAAAACAUAGCUCCCUCUGUAAAGAAACCUUCGGUGGACACGGCUGAUGAUAUCCAGACUGAAGAGAUAGUUGGUUCAGAGGAGAACUAUGGAACAGUAUCAAAUAACGAGCAGACGAUUCCAGAGGAUGUUCCACGAAGUAAUCCUAAAGACAAAGCCGUGAGCUUUGCGAGCAAAUACAGUGAUGGAAACUUGAUCACUUUCGAUGAAGGUCCAGUUCUGGUCCCAGGUUUGAUUCCAUUAUCAAUGGCACUAGCUAAAGAACAGAUCCAACUCAACAGUAAAAUGACUGAUGAUGCGGAUGUCUUUACCGGAUUAGAAGCUGAGGAUCCAAAAUUGCCAGAGAUAGAAGAAAGACAAGUCCCAGACAGUGAUCAACAUCAAGAAGAAGAAACAGCCAUGGCGCUGACCGAUCAGCAGGAGCAGCUCAAUGAAAAGCAAAAGAAAGGUCCCCAAUCAGACCGUGAAGAAGAAACAGCUAUGGCGCUGACCGAUCACCAGGAGCAGCUCAAUGAAAAGCAAAAGGAAGGUCCCCGAUCGGACCGUGAAGAAGAAGACAAGGUAGAAGAGGAAGAAAAGGAGGAAAAUGUUAACCAUGAACAGAUGAACAAUGUCUUGAGAACCGAUAUUCAAUGGGGUCGAAAGACGCUGCAGAACUUCCUAGCAAAUCUUGGAUUGUUAUUAUGAAAGAACCCGCGAUGUUCUUGUGUCAAUCCUAUAAGUAGCAUAGCUUCUCGAGUUCUCAUGUUUGUCUAUGUACUACCAUUGUACAGUCUACCAGAGGAGGUGGGAAUUUUGUAUCUGUAGCAUGUCCUAAGUAGUGUUUAUUUGUUAUUGUGAGUUCUGUAACAUUGGGCAUCUGCACGAUCUAAUUUUUUGUUAAACGAGUUUUGAAGUCGUCUCCGUUAUCGAGACAACAGAUGUAAAUUAUCAAUAGCAA